CGAUCAAUAGACCAAAGUAUUUGAUACUUACACUAAUUUGUUUUCAUUAAUUAUUUUCACUUAUCAGUUAUCACUUAUCAGUAUACACCAUUUGAUAGAAGUUAACUUUAGAUUAGACGUAAUUGUUAAUUUGAUUUAUAAAAGAUCAUUUGUGCUUGCAUUUUAUAGAGCGAAUUGAAAGGAGAUACAAGUAUCGGGAUUGAAAUUGAAAGAAUUCGUGAAAUAAAAAAAAAAUAAGUGACAUUGUUUUACAGAACAAAUAAAACACGAUGUUUGUGAGUCUUGUAGUGGGAGUGUACACUUUCUUCGUCCUAGCUUCAGGUCAAGGUCCGCAACUGCCAGAUUUAUUAGCAAUUGAAUGCACUGAAAAAGGACCGUACUUUUGCCGCCCUUACGGCCUCUGUUGCAGAGGUGACCAGUUCUGCCUUGAAGGUGAAUGUCUGUCGUGUUUCCCCAGUGAUGUACCCGAAGAAAAGCUGCUCGAUUGGUGCAGAGAUUUUGGUCAGUCUGUGGAACAAAUGAGACACCGGUCGUGUAGGCUGGCUUGCUUUUUUAAGUUUAAUGCAUUGGACGUUUUGCAGAGUAAAGGUUGUCGUGAUGACGCUAGCAAAUGUCCAUCUGGUCAGAAAUGUCACGAUGACCAGUACUGCAAUGGUACUGCUUGCGUCUCUUGCUUUCCCUCCAACAUGUCAGAGCUCCAACAGAUCUCUCUGUGCCGGGAAAUACUCCAUAGCAAUACCUCGUCAUUAGAGCACAAGUCGUGUGUGCCAGCGGCCUGCUACGCAAGAUUCAGCCCAACACAGCUAGCACACAUUCAAGAUAAAUUGGACCAUUGGAUGGUCGCCUUCUUUGUGGUGUGUACAACUUUUGCUCUCUACGUGCUGUUUGACGCUAACUACUCCAAGUUAAAAAGUCUCAAGCAGAAGUAUUGCAACUCAGCCAGCCAGAAAAAUAACAAACAGAGCGAUAGAACAUACGUUUCAGCUCCAAGUCUGGAAAGUCUCCCACUCAACAAGACAUUAGAACACAGCUUAAGCAGGGAAGACAAAAAUAUUGAUCAAUUAGAAAGACAGCCCAUUUCCGGCAUUGCCACCUGACACCAAAAGUCUUAGACAAAAAUUGCACUAUUUUGAAGUAAACAUUUAGAAAAAUGUCUCAUUCAGUAAUUAUCUCUGAACUACACUUCCACAUUAAAAGUGGGGCUACCAUUUUGUGGGCAAUAAGCCUAAUGUUGGGCAUCGCAUUUUGUAGAGGCAUUCGAGAGAUUUUUACGAAAACAAUUUAAAACAUUCCAACCAUAGACUUAUAUAUACUACUCUAGACUGAACACUACAAAAAAUGUGAAAAUUUUGUAGAAAGUUGGAUCAAGGCGUUGUUUUGUAGAGUAGUUAAAAGAAGUAAAGUUGUUGUUUUUUUUAACCCUAACCUAUGUAACAUAUAAUUUAAUUUUUAGAUCUAGAUCUAGUAAUUAAACAUCAAAAAUAAGAGUACUCUCGUCUUAUAAUUAGGAAUUAGCAAUUUUUAGAUACAAAGUCUAGAAAGAUCUAGGUAAUUAAUCUAUUUAAAUAUACAUAAGAUGAUUUAAAUCAACAUGAAUUAUUUCCAUCUAGGAUUUUUGAAACAUUAUCUCAAUGGAAACAAACUGGAAAUGGCUUUGUUUCAUAUAUUUGCGUGAAUAUCCGAGAAAUGAUUUUGCAUUAUUUCUAAACUUUGAAAACUAAAGAUCAUUACUUUUCUAUGAAAAAAGAGUUUACGUACAUAAAAA